CACAUACACCCAGUCUAUCUACUAGCCCCUGCCCCUCCCCUCCCCGCUGGUGUUUCCCUCGGGCUCUAUAUAUAGCAGGAUGCACUCUUGGGCACUAUUGUUCCUCUAAGUAAACUUACAGACAGACGCCCUGCACCACAGUGUGGGCCAGAGAGAGAGAAAGAGACCGCAACGAAGCUGACCUGCAAAAAAAAAGUGCUCCGAUACAACCCAACGGGAGGCUCAGGGAUUGCAGCGCUUGCUCCUCACUCGUUCCCCUCGUGGCUCCUCUACACCUCAACCGGUUGGUUUUCCACGCUGGAGAAAGGCGGAUCUGAUGACCUGAGCAGGAUGUUGCUGCUAUCGCUGCUGCAGCUGCUGGUGGGACUGGACUGUGUCCUGGGAGCGCCGGCAGGAAGAGAGGUCUACAGGAUGCCACAGAGUGCACUCAAAGCGUUGUCCGACCGCGGGACGGUGGUGCUGGAGGCGGCCCUGGCUGGUGCGCUGUCGGCCCUGGAGCGGGCGUCGUCGGAGCGCGGCCGGGCCGAGGCGGGCUGCCGGGGCUGCGUGCCCUGCCUGUUCCAGGACUGCGGCCAGCGCUCCGGAGCCUGCUCCUCCCCGGCCAGCUCCUCGUCGGAGCCCGGCUGUGAGCUGGUGAUGAAGGCCCAGCGGCUCCAGGACGAGGCCGAGCGGAGCUGGGCCCUGAGCCAGGCCUGCGGCUUCUACCAGCGCCGCUGCCCGGACGGGGCCCUGGACACGGAGACCUGCGUCCGCGUCAUGGGGGAGAGCUGCAGCGCCCGCGUGCUGCAGUGCAGCCUGCUCAACACCAUGCAGAACCUGGAGCCCGCCACGCAGACACGCACGCAGGCAGCAGUGUGCGGCCAGAGGCUGACGGCGGUCCCCAACGCCACCCAGCCCCGCUCCAGGAUCGUGGGGGGGUCCCCUGCCCCCCCCGGCAGCUGGCCCUGGCUGGUCAACCUGCAGCUGGACGGGGCGCUGAUGUGUGGGGGGGUGCUGGUGGACAGCUCCUGGGUGGUCACCGCGGCGCACUGCUUCGCCGGGAGUCGCAGUGAGAGCUACUGGACGGCAGUGGUGGGCGAGUUUGACAUCUCCAAGCCCGACCCUGACGAGCAGAUCCUCAAGGUCAACCGCAUCAUCUCCCACCCUAAGUUCAACCCCAAGACCUUCAACAACGACAUCGCCCUGGUGGAGCUGACCUCCCCGGUGGUGCUGUCGGACCGGGUCACCCCCGUGUGCCUGCCCUCCGACGUGGACCCCCCCACCGGCAGCCCGUGUCUGGUGGCGGGCUGGGGCUCGCUCUUCGAAGACGGCCCCUCGGCUGAUGUGGUGAUGGAGGCCAAGGUGCCCCUGCUGCCCCAGAGCACCUGUAAGAACGCCCUGGGCAAGGAGCUGGUCACCAACACCAUGCUGUGUGCCGGGUACCUGUCCGGGGGCGUCGACUCCUGCCAGGGAGAUUCUGGGGGUCCGCUCAUCUACCAGGACCGCGUGUCCGGUCGCUUCCAGCUCUACGGCAUCACCUCCUGGGGGGACGGCUGCGGGGAGAAGGGCAAGCCGGGGGUCUACACCCGUGUGUCGGCCUUCUCUGACUGGAUCCAGGCUGAGAUACAAAAGUCGUUCGGGAGCCGGGAGCCCACCUGCCCUGAGCUGCUCAAGACUUCUGAACUCACUGAAGACGAGCAGAGGUCAGAGUUCAGCUCUCUGUGCCGCUUCUACUCCCUGACCUGCCCGGCCGGUCAGUCCUCCAGCGCCUGCAGCCGCAUGGCCGAGGAGAAAUGUCUGACCCGCUUCAAGAAAUGCCAGCUGCACUCGUUCCUGCAGACGCUGCUGGACCUGCUGCAGAGGGCGGAGGACUACAUCAGGGACAAGGUGGACCUGACCUUCUUCACCCAGACCCUGCCCCAGCUGGUGGAGCACAUCUACAACACGGCCUUCACCCACACGCGGGAGAGGAGGGACCUGGGCCGACGCCUCAGCCUUCUACAAACAGCAGGGCAGCUAGGGGGCGCCGUGCGACCAGCCGAGCAGCAGAGGCUCCGGCCUGCAGCCGCCUCGCCAGCGUUGUUUGGGGAGGUGGGACCCCUGCUGGACGACUGGGAGAAGUACCUCACGGCUCUGGCUGAGGAACACACUGACCAGACCUCGGCAGACAUUCCCUCUGCGUCGCUAGCACAGGAGAACAGCCUGUUUGUGCAGGCCGAGGAGCCCUCGGUGCGCCGGCUGCAGGAGGAGUAUCAGUCCGUUAUCUCAGAGCUGCGCUCCAAACUGCCCUCCAAAGCCCCUCCCCCCGUCCUGGACCUGGGCUCCAUCUUCCCCGGCGAGGACUCUACUCCCAACAGAGCUGCGUUCUCCACAGGGUUCCUAGAAAGACUUUUGGAUCAAGGCAACCCCCUCUCAGCCACGGACUCUCCGGGGGCUGGACUCACGAUGGCCGCCCUGAAGGGGGUCGCCGGCCCAUCCCGGUCCCAGGAAGGACCUGUGACAGAGGAGGAGGAACGCAAGGGGGAGUCCUCGUCGGGUCUUUCUGUGGAAGGCUCUCCGGAAGGAACAGGUCAAGAGGUCGUGUCUGAGGAGCCGGCUGAGGCCAGGACCCGGCAAGAACCCAAGACUCCGCUUCCCGUCCCGUCCUCCACGACGCUCGUCCAGACAGAAAUGAAGGCGGACCAAAGAGCCACGACCCCCGUCCCGGGACAGACCUCCCCCCUCCCCUGGACCGCCCACAGGAGACGCAGAAGCCCGAUACGCAAGAGGCAGCUAGGCGGAGCCGUUUGUCCCGGAGUGAUCGAGUCCACCCAGAAUGUGAGACAAGUGAAAGACUCGUACCGCUGGGUGCUCGGCAUCGCCAGCAAGAACCUGCGCAUGAACAUCCAAGAGGUGCUGGUGGAUCUCAGCACCAAAAACAACCGUGGUCUGUACCAGGCACGGGUCCGAGCGGUAGUGGGAGGGCGACCCUUGACCUUUUACAGCCUGGUGGGCCUGGAGAAUGAAUCCUUCUACCGCAGCAUGCCGCGGGUCAUUGCCCUGGCGCUGGAGGCGCUCAAGACGUAGGUCUAAAGCGCCCCGGACACUGGGAGGAGCGACCCAACGAGUCACAUCACACACAGACAAGCAAGGGUUCUGCUGGGAACGACAAUGUCUUCACAUAGCUUCAGGACCCUGGCUCCUUCUUCGGACCGGAGAUGUAUCCGACACCAGUGAAGGGUUCUCCACAAACUUUUCAUCUCUGACUCCACAGAAUGCUUGCUGUAUUAUCGUGUCGUUUAGGAGCCUUGUUCUUGGACUGAAGUCAAAUCCCAACCAUGAAUGUAUCAGCGUGAUGAGUGAUCAUUGAUCACAGUUAAGCCACAGGUUAUGUGUUGAGGUUGGUGUGGAGAUGCAGCCGUUUCUAAUUUAAGAGUAUGUCUAAAAAAAAGGAAUAAGUUAUUCAUGAUGUAAAGAUUUGUGGAUUUUGCAAAGGUUGAGCCUCUUGUGAAGUGUACAAACUGUAAAUAGCAUAUCUUGUUUGUUACAAUAUUUAUUUGUAUAGAGAAAUGGAUUUGUAUUUUUCUAAAGAUUUUAAGAAUAUA